AUGGUUUAUCAGGCUAAGCCGUUCGAUCCAAUCACGGUAAAAGCCUCGGGGAAAAACCGCGUAGCAUAUUUUUACGAUGCUGACGUUGGCUCAUUCAGUUACGGGUCAUCUCACCCUAUGAAACCACAUAGAAUCAGAAUGACCCACUCACUGAUUAUGAACUACGGACUUUACAAAAAAAUGGAAAUAUAUAGGGCUAAACCAGCGACAAAACAAGAGAUGUGUCAGUUCCACUCUGACGAGUAUAUCGAUUUUUUGUCUCGAGUAACGCCGGACAAUCUGGAAAUGUUUCAAAAGGAAAGCGUCAAGUUCAAUGUUGGUGACGAUUGCCCUGUUUUUGACGGGCUGUAUGAAUACUGCAGUAUAUCGGGAGGUGGCUCCAUGGAAGGAGCCGCAAGACUCAAUCGCGGGAAAUGUGACGUUGCGAUCAACUACGCCGGCGGGUUGCAUCAUGCAAAGAAAUCAGAAGCAUCGGGUUUCUGCUAUCUCAACGAUAUUGUUUUGGGGAUCAUCGAGCUAUUGAGAUACCAUUCAAGGGUCUUGUACAUCGAUAUAGACGUGCACCACGGUGAUGGUGUUGAAGAGGCGUUCUACACGACUGACAGAGUCAUGACCUGUUCUUUUCACAAAUACGGGGAGUUUUUCCCCGGCACUGGUGAGCUGCGAGACACUGGUGUCUCUAAAGGUAGAUAUUACUCAGUCAACGUGCCACUGCGUGACGGAAUUGACGACUCCACUUACAAGUCUGUUUUCGAGCCGGUUAUUGGCAAGAUCAUGGAAUGGUAUCAGCCUUCCGCAGUAGUUUUACAGUGCGGUGGUGAUUCUUUGUCUGGUGACCGAUUGGGCUGCUUUAACCUUUCGAUGCGUGGCCAUGCCAAUUGUGUCAACUACAUGAAGUCAUUUGGUGUUCCUAUGCUUGUGGUUGGUGGAGGUGGCUACACAAUGCGUAAUGUGUCUAGAACGUGGGCUUUUGAGACCGGGAUACUCAACAACGUUAUUCUAGACGAGAAUUUACCUUACAACGAUUAUUACGAGUACUACGGUCCGGAUUAUCAACUUGACGUUAGACCGUCUAACAUGUUUAACGUGAACACUCCUGAGUAUUUGGAUAAAGUACUCACGGGCAUUUUUGCCAACCUAGAGAAUACCAAGUUCGCUCCCAGCGUGCAGGUCAAUGAUGUUCCACACGAUCGAGAAGAUCUGGGCGAUGUCGAUGAGGACACCGCAGAUGCGAAAGACACAAGAGGUGGUUCCCAGUAUGCGAGAGAUGCAAUUAUCGAGAGAGACGACGAGUUUUGA